CUCGCGGCGGCUCUUUCUCACACCUCACGCCGGAGAUGGAGAAGCAGGUUUUAGGAGGAGGGGGCGCCAGCUCCGCUCUGUAAUCGGAAUUGCUCGGCUUCACUCGUCAAACUCCGGCAACUAAAUGACGACACUUUAAAGGAAGUAGACAAACGGAAGUAGGGGGAAAAAAACAACAACAACACAGAAGUCAACACAAAUACUUCAAGCUGUCGAUAAGUUAUCGCGCGAUUACAAGAACAGACGCAGUGUUGAUUCUGCAGAGGCUCCAAGAACAGGUUUGUUAGUGAUGAUGUGGACCGACCAGAUCCAGAGUUUCAGUCGGAUCACAUGAUGACCUACUUACUGAUCAAACACGAGUCUGCUCGAGUUCCAGUUCAGACUAGAACGAAAUCGUUGGAAUUAUAAAACUCCAUGGCUCUGAUUUCACUGGAUGAUCUCGAAGGGCUUGAAGAUGAGCAGCUGGAUGACUUCACGGACAACCCUGAGCCAAUGGAUGAAGAGGACAGUGAGCGGCUGCUGGCUCAUUGGCAGGCAGUUGCCAGCACACACCAGGUGUCUGUUCCAUCAGAAAUGACUGCUCCCAUACAGGAAAUGACCCGCAACAGACAGCUGAGGGAGCCGCUCUCUUUUACACCAAUUUCCCGCCACGAGAAGAUGGGGGAGUUGCUCUAUGAGGAGCGAGAGUAUCCGGCAGGUUACUGGGCCUCCGUGACCCAGGGGGAAGACCUUUAUGAGCAGAGCAUCUCCAUUGGCUUCAUGAAACUGAUGCGCUUCAUUUGUAAAGAGAACUCUGCAGGUCGAUAUCUGGGGAUGACGGUUCCAGUCCUGAGUAACGUCCAACUGAAAGAAGACGGGGUCACGUUUCAGCGAGACGUCCAGACUUCUUUUUUCCUGCCUGCUGAGUUUCAGAACAAUACGCUGCACCCCUCUGAUUCUGACAUCACUAUCGUCCACAGAGAGCCAUUCAGGGUGGUGGCUAGGACAUUCCUGGGAACGACCACAGAGGAGACAAUUUCCAACCAGAUCCGCCAAUUCUGGGAAAUCCUCGGCAGCGUUGGCGACAUUCACCCAAAUGAGUACUUGGUCGCUGUGUACGAAAAUCCUGGCGUUCCCCGACGCAGGAAUGAGAUCUGGUUCAUCAGACGUCAGCCGUAGACAGUGUUCCAGAAUCCACUCCACUCCACACUACACUACACUACCUACUUGGUCUUUCACUGUGCUCACACUGGUUGCUGUAUUUUCAGUCAGACAGGUUAGUUUGUCAGUCAAUUCCUCAUUCCUCCUUGUGACCAAAGCCUCCUGUGUAACUGCCUCUUCUGAAGGAACACUAUGUGAUUUUAUGUGAACUGAGCCUUUAAAAGCUAACAGACUGGACCUCAGGUUUUUCUGUGAACAUGUGAUCAGGGUACAGAUCAUUAGAAGGAUUGAUAUUCCUCUUCUGGUUGGGUUUUAUUUCCGUUACCGUUUUAAAUGUCAGAAGCCAAUCGACCUCUUAUUUUUUUCCCCGUUCUCCAGCUGUUUUGUGGGAAAGCUUAAAUGUUUAGAUCUUUAGAUGUGAUAUUCGUAAAGAUUACAUAUUUGUAUUGUGAGGUGUUGAGUUGUCUAUUUUAAGAUGAAGUCUAUUGUAUUUUGGAUAAAGACAUUUUGUCAGGAAUGUUGUUCUCAUCUUGGAAAGAAAUAAAUUUCACAGAAAUAUAGAACCAAAACCUUUAUUUA